GCCUCAAAGAAGGUGAAGAAAGUGAAAAAGAUGAGUUUUGACCCGCUAUUAAAAACAGCACUUCUUCGUUGUCUAGUCUUCUGGUUGCUCGGCUCGAUUAGUGCUCUGCUGUUUGUUGCAGUUGAGUACAAGGAAAAGGAUGACAAAGAGGAAAAAUACAAGUUAUUGUUAUCGCUUUAUGAGUCGCUGGAGUCUAAAUACAAUAUGAGCAUUGAAGAGUUCAACAAUAUUUCGAGAACAGCACACGAGGCCUUGAGCGAGCCUAAACCGCAAUGGAUCUAUCUGGACGCAAUACGGUUCAUAUUCCACGCCUGGACUACGAUCGGUUAUGGUAACAUCACUCCGCAAACACCAUCAGGCCAAGUGAUGUGCAUUUUCAUCUCUUUACUUGGAAUUCCCAUUACUUUGCUCAUGUUAAAAUCCAUGGGCGAGCUCAUUGCUAAAUGGGUGAACACAAUCAUCACAAAGUUUGAAAAGAAGUUCCUCAAGACGCUGCAACCAAAGCAUAUGCAGAUCAAGACUGCGAUGGUCCUGUUCUCGAUCAUGGUAAUUUCGAUUCUUACAGCCGGUUUUUUAUCGAUGCCUCUCCGCAAUUGGUCUAUCGUUGAAAGUGUUUAUUUCUGGUUUGUGACAUUUACCACAAUCGGAUUUGGAGACUACGUUUUACGGGAGCCCCGAAAGUUUACACAGCUCUCUCUGAACAUCUCUGUAAAUGAAGACAGUAGGAGAAGCACAAGUAAAAUUAUUACCGUUCUUGUCGGUUUGUUCCCUGCUUUAUUAGCGUUAUGCAUCGUCUCCAGUGUAAUCAAUUCUAUCAUGGCUGUCAUGGAAAAACGGAGAUGCCACCCUCCGUGUUCCGGAUGUAUCUCUCCAAAGACCCAGGACCACGCAGAGAAGGAACAAAGCGAAUCUACUGAGAGGCGUGAAAAUAACACGGUGUUUUCAUCCUUUGGAACUCAUGAUUUUCAAAAGAAAACUAACUUCGUAUGUUUCUCGGAAACCGAACUUAACUGACGCAUAAUCUAAAGGAGAAGUCUAAGUAUUCAAGUUUUAUGUAUAGUAGUCAUGCCGUUUUCGGCAAAGUUUGAAUUGAAGUAACAAUUUGUGUACCAACCCCUACACAACCAUUGCCUAAUUUACAAAUUAAACUACCAAACUAAUCUUAUGGUAAUAAAUGAAGACUUGUUUAGCUGCUUUAGGUGGUAAACCUUCUAAUAGCAGAUAUAAACAGUUCUGGAGCAUAUUGCUCCGUAAAAUGCGUAUUUAGAACGUUUGGUGUAAGUUUGAAACAUGAGUGCCGAGCACACACGUUUUCCUACUCCCAGCUAAAAUAGGCCUGUGUUACUACUUACAACUACUUAGAGUGUAGAGAUUAUCUAUGGUAUCACAUCAUUAGUUCUGUCGAGCAAGACACCAAUUGUUAAGUAUUGUACUAGAUGAGGAAAUGUCCUAAAGAUGAAAAUAAACAUACAUAAGUGCAAGGAGAGUACAACUUUUUUCCUUAAAAA